CAUUUCACAUGCGUACCAGUUGUUAGCGAGAUCCUUCAGCAGUCUGUAGUCCUGCGUGUUUUCUCUGUGUUUGAUGAGGAGCGGAGCAAACAGGAGAUGUGGUCCUUUUUCGCCAGGGAUCCUGUCAAAGACUUUGCAUACGAAAUCCUUCCAGACACCCACGAAAAGUCUGGAAUAUGGAGUAUACAUCGGGGAAAGCGGAAGACCAAUGGCGAGCCGGUGUCUGUGUUUGUGUACGACGUAGCCCAGGGCACAGAGCAACAGACACAGCUGGCCAAAGCUGCCUUCAAACGAAUGAAGACCCUGCGUCACCCCAACAUUCUAGCCUAUGUAGACGGGUUAGAUACAGAGAAGAGCCUAUACCUUGUUACCGAGCAAGUGACACCUCUUGCAGUCCACCUGAAAGCCCAGCCAGAGAAGGGUAGGUGUGGAGAGCUGGAGAUCUCCUGGGGACUCCACCAGAUUGUGAAAGCUCUUAGUUUCCUGGUCAACGACUGCCACCUGCUCCAUAACAACUUGGGCGUAUGUUCUGUUUUUGUGGAUCGAGCUGGAGAGUGGAAACUGGGGGCCCUCGACCAUGUGGCUCCUGAGCAGGGCGACCCAAGUGGAGUCUCGCUUCCUGCCCCGAAGGAUGUUUACCCAGAUAUGGAGAAAUAUGACCCACCAGAGAUGCCCAACAGCAAUGGAGAGAAAUGGGCAGGAGAGGUGUGGCGGCUUGGCUGCCUGAUCUGGGAGGUGUUCAAUGGUCCACUACCUCGCACGACCUCUCUUCGUUCACUGGGAAAGAUCCCAAAAACCUUGGUCCCUCAUUACUGUGAACUGGUGGGGGCCAACCCUCGGGCUCGGCCCAAUCCGGCUCGAUUUCUCCAGAACUGUAGAGCCCCUGGGGGAUUCCUCAGCAAUAGCUUUGUGGAAAGCAACCUUUUCCUGGAAGAGAUCCAGAUCAAGGAGGCAGCAGAGAAGCAGCAGUUCUUUCAGGAUCUGAGUGACAAUCUGGACUCCUUUCCUGAAGACUUCUGUAAACACAAGGUCUUGCCUCAGUUGCUCACCGCCUUUGAGUUUGGCAAUGCGGGCGCUGUCGUUCUCACACCACUUUUCAAGGUAGGGAAGUUCCUCUCGGCAGAUGAGUACCAGCAGAAGAUAAUCCCCGUCAUUGUGAAGAUGUUUUCCUCCACAGACCGAGCCAUGAGGAUACGAUUGCUGCAGCAGAUGGAGCAGUUCAUUCAGUAUCUGAAUGAAGCAGCAGUCAACUCCCAGAUUUUUCCUCAUGUUGUUCACGGCUUCACAGACACCAACCCUGCCAUCAGAGAACAGACUGUUAAGUCCAUGUUGUUGCUCGCUCCCAAACUGAAUGAGACCAACCUGAACCAGGAGCUCAUGCGUCACUUCGCCCGGCUGCAGGCUCGAGAUGAACAAGGCCCAAUCCGGUGUAACACCACUGUCUGCCUGGGCAAGAUCGCAUCCUACCUCAACGCCGGGACUCGACAGCGCAUUCUGGUGUCUGCCUUCUCAAGAGCCACGAAGGAUCCUUUCCCAGCCUCGCGCUCCGCCGGUGUGCUGGGCUUUGCCGCCACGCACAACUACUACAGUGUAACCGAGAUCGCUGCCCGCAUCCUCCCCACCCUCUGUGCCAUUACUGUUGAUCCUGAUAAGAGCGUCAGGGACCAGGCAUUCAAAGCCAUUAAAAGUUUUCUUUCCAAACUUGAGACUGUGUCAGAAGAUCCCACCAAGCUGGCUGACAUAGAAAAGGAUGUAUCGUCGAGUGCUCAGCCUGCCGGUGCUUCUUCCAGCUGGACGGGCUGGGCUGUGACCGGUGUGUCCUCACUGACUUCUAAGUUGAUUCGCAGCACUCCAGGAACAGAAGGGAGUGCCGCAGCAGAGGGCGGCGGGCCCACAAACACCACUGACCCUACCAGUGCCACGGACUCCGCACCUGCUCCUGCUCAUGAGGAUAAAACACCACAAGCCUCCCUGAGUCACCAGUCUGCCCCCAGUCGUGCCAACCAGUCACAGAGUCUUGAAGUAACAGACAAUGAUGAUGAGCCAAUAGGAGACCGCUGGGAUGAAGAAGAGGACUGGGGAAGCUUGGAGGAGCCAGCGAAAGCUCACACAGAACCUGAAGACUGGACCAGUGACUGGUCGGGAAUGUCAUCAUCCAAAAAGAAGGCCAGUGACAGAGGAGUGGGCCGGUCGACAUCCUCCGUGACGGUGAAAAAGCAGAGCUCUGACUGGAGCAGCUCGGGCUGGGACGCUGACGACAGCUGGUCCAACGAGAAGGAAGGCCAGGGGCAGAGCUCUGCAGGCGAGGAAGGCUGGGGCAACGACUGGGCGGAGGAGGAGACGGACACUACUUUGACCAACAAGACACUCCCACUACCAGAAGGGGUGCGAUUAGCCAGCGAGUACAACUGGGACAGCAGCAGCGCGUCAAAGGGAGCCAUCCAGAACGACCUGUUUGCCAGCGUGUCCCAGAGGAACACAGCGAGCACUGCUGCCACCACGGCUGGAGAGGGUUGGGAUGCAGAGGCAACAGGAACCUGGGGAGCUGAGGAAAAUUGGGAGUCACUAGAUGGAAGCCAGGGUCUCAGUAAGGCCGAGCUGUCAAAGAAGAAGAGGGAGGAGAGGAGGAAGGAGCUUGAGGCAAAACGGGCAGAGCGCAAAGCUGCCAAAGGUCCUCUCAAACUCGGCGCACGCAAACUGGAUUGACAGGGGUGCGGAGAGAGAGAUGAGGGUGGCAAAGGAGCAGGAAGAACCAUGGACUGCAGUCACUGAACCUUGAGCUAUGGACAGCAGUUCACCAUUCCACAAGUAAAGGACCAGAAAGAAGCGUUGGCAGUGAAAACUGUGAAAAGCUGCUAUAAUGGUAUGUUGGUUGAGAAAUUUUAACUUCUGCUGAGUAGAGACUCUUGACCUUGAUGGAAAUGGAAUAUGGCGGGGAGGGGGCAACAUUCCAUUGCUUUAUGAAUGCAGUGUUGAUGAUGGAGCUAAAGUGGUGGAAACAAGAGAGCUCAACAAAAUGUCCUUUUUCUUUUUAAUCAUAACUCCUGCAGUUGUAAAGUAAAUGUAUAUAAACGGUGCAUUAAGGACACAGAGAAAUAUCAGUUUUUUUUAAAAAAUAAAACAAAACUUGGAAACACAGUAUAUAUAUAACAUUUCAGAAGAAUUAUUGUAUCAAAAUGUUUUUUGUCAGUAUACACACACACACACACACACACACACACACUGAACACCUAGUGGAAAUCAUGUUUUAGUUCAACAUUCACUUAAUUACAGACCUGAGAUAUUAAAACAGUGCAUGCAUGCAAUUGUGUUAAAAAAGCAGAGGGCUCCAUUGGACAAAAUGAUUAAUGUGCUGGGUUUACUUUGCACAUAGAACACUGUAUUUUGCUGUACAUGCCCGACAAUUCAUUUGACUUGGUUUCAGAUCUGUAAUUGAAGAAAUACAUGGUGGUGAACAGAAGCUGAAAACCUGGUUUCAAUGUGCGUCUCUCCUGAGGUGUAGUGCAGUGGUAGAGGGUUCAUGAAAUGAGUUUUAUUUUGAAAUUGUUUGUAAUCUUUUUCUUGUCAUACAGUUGUACCUCCAUCCCACAGAUUACACAAACGUCCAUCUGGGAUUAUCUAAGGAUGUUCAGAUUUGCACUGCAGUCAUUUUAGUCAAUACUGGGGUGGAGUCUGGGUAAACGAAAACAUUUUUUUGUUUUGUGCCUUUUUUAUUUAAUUACAGGAUUGCUCUGUAGGGCCACACCCUAGAAGUUCUACAUUUUAACAGAAGAAUUUUACAAGUGGAACUGAAACACAGAUUGGAUGUUUGCGUCAACCGUAGUGUGAACCCAGGUCUCCUGUCUGAGGUGGUCUUAUUAUGUCUGGUGUUAAAAUAUAAAGGCUGCACAGAAAAAAACAGCUGACACAAUCAAAACUAUCAGCAUUGGAGCUAAGCUCCUGGUCGGGGAUGAUCUGCUUAGGUUAAGAAAUGCGCUGCAUUAUUUUUGACUGCAGUUAUUGGUUUACAGUGAAUCUAAGUGAUGUAGCAUGAGAACUGUUGUUCAAUAAAUCUGACAGAAACAUGAACUCAUGUUUUUUUGUGUACAUUAAAAGGUUUUAAGUUUUA